AUGUCAGUUCCAGUCCUUUACCCCGAAACGCCUCAAUUGCCAUGCAAGGCAAGUGUGGGCUGCCAGUGGCUGCAGCUGCUCUGCAAGCGCCUCUUGCAGCGUGUGCUGGCGUGUUGCAGGUCACGGCGGUCGUCGGGGGCGACGGGGGCGGCCACGCCGCAAGCCCGCAGCCUGGCGCCUGGCGAUGAUGCCUACGUGAAAUUAGCCAUUGAAACCAUGGAAGAGCUCGAUUGGUGCCUCGACCAACUGGAAACAAUCCAGACACAUCGAUCUGUGUCAGAUAUGGCGUCGCUGAAGUUCAAACGGAUGCUCAACAAAGAACUGAGUCACUUUUCGGAAUCAAGUAAAUCUGGAAACCAGAUUUCGGAAUACAUCUGCUCGACAUUUCUUGACAAACAGCAGGAAUUGGACCUGCCGUCUCUGCGCGUCGAAGAUGCCGAACCUCGCGCUGCCAAGAAGAAGGAGCGCCGGCCGCACGGGCCGGGCACCAUGUCGCAGAUUUCCGGCGUCAAGCGCCCGCUGUGCCACACCAACAGCUUCACCGGCGAGAAGCUGCCCAAGCACGGCGUGGAGACGGCCUUCGAGGACGAGCUGGGCCGCAACCUGGCCGAGGUGGACCGCUGGGGCAUCGACAUCUUCCGCAUCGGCGAGCUCUCCGGCAACCGGCCGCUCACCUGCGUGGCCUACACCUGCUUCCAGAAUCGUGAUUUAUUGAAGACUUUCAUGAUCCCAACAAAGACAUUUGUGACUUUUAUGAUGACUCUGGAGGAUCAUUAUGUGAAAGAUAACCCAUUCCACAACAGCAUGCAUGCUGCUGAUGUAACUCAGUCCACCAAUGUGCUUCUGAAUUCACCAGCUCUCGAAUCAGUAUUUACUCCACUAGAAAUCAUGGCAGCUUUGUUUGCAGCAACAAUUCAUGACGUCGAUCACCCAGGCCUCACCAAUCAGUUCCUCAUCAAUUCCAGUUCAGAACUGGCUCUCAUGUACAAUGAUGAAUCUGUAUUGGAAAAUCACCAUUUGGCUGUGGCUUUCAAACUUUUGCAAAAUGACGGCUGUGACAUUUUUGUCAAUAUGGGGAAGAAGCAACGCCAAACGCUUCGCAAAAUGGUUAUUGACAUGGUUUUGUCAACAGAUAUGUCAAAACAUAUGAGUUUAUUAGCAGAUCUUAAAACCAUGGUAGAAACUAAGAAAGUUGCGGGUUCUGGAGUUUUGCUCUUGGACAACUAUACUGAUAGAAUACAGGUGCUGGAAAAUCUUGUUCAUUGUGCUGAUCUAAGUAACCCUACUAAGCCUUUACAUUUGUAUCGACGAUGGGUUGAUCUUCUCAUGGAGGAAUUCUUCCAACAAGGAGACAGAGAGCGAGAACAAAAUUUGGAAAUUAGUCCAAUGUGUGAUCGUAAUAGUGCCACAAUAGAGAAAUCCCAAGUUGGCUUUAUUGACUAUAUUGUACAUCCACUUUGGGAAACAUGGGCAGAUUUAGUGCAUCCAGAUGCCCAGGAUAUUCUAGACACAUUGGAGGAAAAUCGUGACUGGUACCAAAGUAUGAUUCCUCCAAGUCCACCUCCAACUGAGGAACUGCAAGAACAUGGCCAUGAAGAGGAGGAAGAGGAAGAUGGAGGGGACUCUGGGGGGAUAGAAGUGACAGAAACAACUGCGUCUUCUGCAGCAGGACAAGAGCGCAUCAGGUUCCAAGUGACGUUGGAAGAAGGCGAAGGCGAAGAGGGGGAAGAUGUAGAGGAAACAGUUUCGAGCACAGGGAUGUGACGGAGGUUCCUAGGACUUUGCAGGAAAUUGCACGAAAAAGUGCAGCAAUGGUGGAAGAUAAAGCAGUGAUUAGGAGGUAGUCAAGGGAAAGAAAGCAAGAAGAAAUAAAGAGCUUACCUGCCCUGUUCUACAUUUUUUGAUGGAAAAUGGAAUAGAGAAUAGUGUAAUGGUAAGAGGUUCCUCAAAUAUAUUUUAUGAAGUACUCAUAGACACAAAGAUUCCAGCUUUUAUGUUACCUGCAAACCUAAUUUGUAGUAAGUUGUUAUACUGAAACAGGAACCUUGUACACCAUAAUGUACUAUAAGAAAUGUGACAACGGAAUGAUUUGUUUAUGAAUUGGCUAGUCUGUAUCAGCUCAAAAAGAGUGUGUUGAAUAUCAUACAAUGAAUAUGAAAUGUCAACACUACUGACUUAUUUCACUCAAAGUGAAUAAUAGCACAAGAUCAUCCACUAAGCGGUAAAUAUGAGGUAGCUCUGAACAGAGAAAUCUCAAGUGUUAUCUGAUAUAUAACACAUCAUGGUACCAAACACUAGAGAACUAGAUAAAAACCAUAUUUCAAUAAUCCCUAAUCUAUUUUAAUAUAUAAUUGAAAGAGAAAUAUACAGAUAUUCUUUUCAUACAUCUGCAUGUAUCUGAACUUCAUUUUUGAGGGUACUUUUAUGAAAACAUUUGAAAUUGAGCAGUAAUUAUGUACUGUUUUGUAAAUAGCAACUUUGAAUUUGCUCUCUGACAGAAAGCAUCCUCAUGAAGGAAGGAUACAUAAUGCUGGAGAUACUGAACUAUCAUCUUUUAUUAUUAUUAUCAUUGUCAUUAUUAUUAUUGCUGUUGUUAUUAUCACUUUUAUUAUUUUAAUCUGCUUUGGACAUUUACUGUCCAUUGCCCUUGGUUCAUUGAUAAAGCUUGUUAUUGCUUCCUUGGGAAUAUUUUUGUGGAAUAGUAAACAGUUUUUCUGUUUGCCUGGCAGUAUAAUUACUGUGGUUCAUUUAUGUCUCUUAGCUCUAAUAAAUAAAAGCAAUAGGGGUGACAUAUCUCAGUGAUUGGCUUGAUGAGUACUUGUGCUACAACUUUUAAUUUCAUUACAUAAAACAAGGUUUCUAGCUCAGGAAUGAAUUAAUUUUAUUCCACCACAAGGAAUGACUUUGCAUUUUUAAUGCAGUGCAUAACAACAAAAAUAAUAAGUGUUUGGCAUUGUUAAACAUUGUACUUUGUGUUGACCAUUUUAGAUUAGUUCCCAAUAUGGGAUUACUGUUUAUAUAAUUUAACAAUUGAUUUUAUUUGGUGCUGGCCACCGAAAUAUGGUUUCUUCAUAUAAUGACUAACUUAGUCUAGCCCCAGUGUGUUACGAAGUUUGCUGCAGUGACUCACAUUUCCAAAUCACAUCACAUGCCACCCUGUCCUUACUAAAUGUUCUAGUGAUUCAUUGUUUUGUUAAUACUGAAAUAAAAAUAAAUGAAAUAAAUUUAAUAAGGCUGGGAAUACUUAUAACAAAUCUAUUGUGAACUCUGCAUUCAGAGACAGAACGCUGGACGUUACUGGUUUAAUAUGACAGGGGACAUGCAGGGUUUAAGACACUCUUUAUCAAAGUAGUUAUCUUAACUUUUACCUACGAGAAGAACCAGUUGUCUAAUGUAGAUAUUGUUGCUAAAAGUUUAAAGCAACUAGACCCUGGCGGUUUUUAUUAUUACAGUUUUUUAUAAUUAUGUUAGUCCUUGGUAAGCUGUGUGUGUGAUGUAGAUACUGCUCUUGGAGCUGUCCAAAGCCUCCAUGUUCUUCCUGUUUCCUAAAAUUGUUUAUUUAGAUAUAUCAGGAUGUUUAUUUAGAUAUGAAGAAGCAAGAAUCAUAGAAUUGUUGUCAGUUUAUACAAAGGAGUAACAAAUAUUAUUUCAGUUUCAAUAAAGAAAAAAAAAUAUUUUUUUUAUUUCAUUUCAUUCUUCAAUGUUUAGACUACCUUCCUAUAUAUUUAAACAUAUUUUGUGUUUAUGAAAAAAGCCCUUUCGGCAAUUGUUACAGUUCAUAACAUGAUGCAUUUGUACUUUUUAGCACAUAAUUUGGUAAUGCACUAUUGUUUACAUGAGUCAUUUAAAAAUCUACACAUUAUAGUUUUCUGGAAGUCCAAUCUAUUUUCAUGAUGAUGCUGAUAUAGAAUUCUCUUGAUGUUUUUACGUAUGUUUAUUAUUCCUAUUCAUGGUGACUUUGAACAACACCAGACCAUGACUUUGAGCAUACUUUCAAAUUUGUCUCUUUCUGAAUUUUUUUAACUGAAUGGUUUUAUGAACAAAAUGGAUUACUGACAUAUCACUAUGACUGUUGCUUAAUGCUUAGUACCUUGUAAAUGAAAUGUGCUAAAAGAGAUACAAAAAUUAUGCCUACUCUAACAGAAGCUCUAUUUGAAAGCAAAUCAGUUUUUUUUAUUCAUAGUUUCUGGAAAAAAACAAACCAAAGGUGAUUAAACAAACACUGGUGUUUUCAAGGCUCUUAAAGCUUAAUUUUCUUGGUAGGAAUCUUACUAAUAACAACAAAAUCAAGAUUUAAUCACAAUAAUAAAUUGCAAUAGAGACGUAAUUGUAAGUCGGGUAAAUUAGUUGUUGUUUUUUUUCUUCUCACAUUUCCAUAAUGUUCAUUCAAACAAGCGUGACUUAGUCAAUGAGUUACAACUAGAAAUAACUGCAUCAGCUACAGUAACAGCAAUAACUAAAACAUUGAAACAUAAAAUAAAUUUGCAUAAGAAUUUCACUACCAAAUGGAGAUAUUAUAUUUGAUAACUUUUUUUAAUGCCUUCCAUUUCUUAUGGUACAGUCAUAUGUACAACUUAUUUAACUCUUGGAAUAAUAUGUUUGUAUUUAUUUGGUGUAUAUAGGUGCAUGUACAGGACUGUAUUCAUGCAUGUACAUAUGCAUGAUAUUGUACAUAUGUGUUUUCAUAAUUUCUGUUUAUUUGCAUAUCUGCUUAUGUGUAUAUACAUUUGUGUAUAAAUACAUGUGCAUAUGUGCUGAAAGGAAUAAAUUCAAUAUCUGCCUUUGUACCAUUUUGUAAGAAAGUGUGAUGUCAAUAGAAAUAACUACAGUACAAAAAAAAAAAAAAAAGUAAUUUAUUAUAUAUUUGAUGUUUCUUAUCCUGCUAGAGAUUUAUUUUAAUGCCUUGGAGACAUCAGCCACCAGUGUAGAAUUUAUUCAAUUCAACACUUGAGUCAAAACUAAAUCAAUAAAUGUGUGCAAUAAGCUGUCAUAACUUCUUUUGUAGAUUACACAACCUUGUAUAUGCACUGACCACAUUGUGAUCUAACACAUUGUUUGUUCAACGUCUAGAGAUGUACUUGACGUUUCUUGUCUGUUGUAGCAACACACCAUCACAAGUAGCAAUGUGUUACUAAAUAUUUUCCAAAAUGUAGAAAAAAAAUUGUACAUUGUGUAUUAGUCUGUUGCCUCCUACCAUGCAAUUGGCAUAGACAUAAUAUGUAAUGUAGACAAAUAUGUAAUAGGCAGUAUUACUGUGUGUUAAUAUCCUUUCAGUUGAGCAUACAUUUGUCAUAUUAGAGCAAAUCAGGCAACUACAUUAAUUUCCUCUGGUACAUUCACAACCAUGAAGACAAUAUACAAAUGCAUAUUUUUUGACUCCAGUGUUUGUAUUGAGAAAUUCUUUGCAAAGAACUUUUUUAAUGAACAAGCAUGAACUUGGUAAAAAAGGUUUUAUCGCAAGUCAUGACUAUGCUUUUCAAACAAAUUAUACUAUUGCAUAUUUUGAAAGCCUAAAAAAAAUGCUUCAAAAGAUUCAGCAGUUAAGUAGUUGUUUUACAAGAAAAAUGUCAGUGUAUAAUAAUACAUGAUGCUUAAAAUUAUAAUUGGUAAAUAAAGCACAGCUUAUUUAAUUUACUAUUCAUCAGUCACAAUGAAAUAUAAAUCCUCUGGUCUUGAUGGAUACUAAUUUUUGCUCUUAUUUAAAGGGCUGUUAGUUUGUUUGGAAUUAAUACUUAUAGUCAUGGCUGUUACUCCCUUGUUCCUCUUGGCAUACCGCCAGGUACAUAGCAAACAAUGUUGAGUAGAUUGUGUGAUAUAUUUUGAUGUGUGCUGUGUGUUACUAAUAAUGUGUAUGUGUAUGUAAAAUUUUAAUAUUAUUUUACUGUUGUUUGUCAGUACCAUAAACAGUACCAAAUCUAAUUAAAAAUAAAAAAAAGGAAAAUAUUUUCUCAUUCAG